AUGAAGCUCCUGUCAGUCGCAGCGGUCGUAUCCGGUCUGCUGUCGCCCGUCAUUGCUGCCGCGUCCCAGAGCGCCAAGCUGCCCGCCGACUUUAAGCCGCCCCAGGUGUUCAGGAACGCCAACCUGGUGCACGUCAUCUCGCUCGAGAAGAAUUACGCCAAGGAGCAGAUCAAUGUUGCCAUUGAGAACGUGUCGAAGGAGCCGCAGAACGAAUACUACGUUCCAUUCAUCUCGUCGCAGAUUGCCCGCGUCGGCGGCUUCGAGGUAAAGGACCGCAAGGACGACAGCGCUGGCCCGUUUGCAGUCGACGUGGUUGAAUACGACCCCAACAGUGAUACACAAUACUACCGAAUUCGUCUCCCCAGCCCGCUCAAGGCCGGCGCCCAGCAAACCCUCGGCAUCACCUUCUUCUACCUCGACGCGUACCGCCCGCUCCCCGCCACGAUCGAACAGGACGAGGCGCAAUACCUGGUCCACGACUUUUCUGUCUUCGCCCCGUCUGCGUACAAGACGAGCAAGCAAAAGACGGAAGUCAAGUCUGCGUCCGCUACCAUCCCUGACUACACCAAGAUCGACAAUUCGCCUCAGAAGCAGGGCAGCAAGCUGAUCUACGGACCCUUUGACGAGCAGCCCGCCGGCGCUGUAUCACCCGCCCGGGUCCGCUUCGAGUUCGCCAAGCCCGUCACGCAUGUCUCCCGGCUGGACCGCGAGGUCGAGGUCAGCCACUGGGGCGGCAACGUCGCCUUCGAGGAGCACUACGUGUUGGAGCACCGCGGUGCCAACCUCUCGACGCCCUUCAGCCGUGCCAAGUGGACGCAGUCGCAGUACUUCAACCGCGGCGCCACGGCCGCGCUCAAGGAGCUGCGCGUCCCGCUGCAGGUUGGCGUGGCAGACCCCUACUUCACCGACGUCAUCGGCAACGUGUCCACCUCGCGCUUCCGGAGCAACAAGCGCGAGGCCCUCCUCGAGCUGAAGCCGCGCUACCCCAUCUUUGGCGGCUGGAAGUACCCCUUCACGAUCGGCUGGAACAUUGACGCGGCCAGCAUUGUGCGCAGCACGGCCGCGGGCGGUAACGUGCUCAAGGUGCCUUUCCUGGAGGGGCCCAAGCAGGCCGAGGGUGUCGAGUAUGGCCGCGUCAACCUGCGUGUUCUUCUACCCGAGGGUGCAGAGAACGUCAAGUUCUCCACCGACAUCCCCGAGUCGUCCAUUACCGAGACGUCUGUCGACGUCGUCAAGACGUAUCUGGACACUGUCGGCCGCACGUCGGUCACCAUCAAAGCGGCCAACCUGGUCGACGAGUUCCGUGACCGCCACCUUAUCAUUUCCUACGAGGUCACGCUUCUAUCAUCGCUGCGCAAGCCUGUUGUGAUUUUCGCGAGCAUGAUGUCGCUGUAUUUCACGGCUUGGGCUAUUGGAAACAUCAAGGUUGGAUUUGGCAAGAAAUAA